UAAAUGUUUUUAUCUAACAUACAGCCCAGCCCAACCAAGUUACUUAGCUCAACCGAGGCAGAUCUAUUCCAUCCAUACGCACACCGGCAAAACCCAAACCCAGGAGGCACACAGCGUCGCCGGCGGCGAUGGAUCCCCUCUCCGUGCUCCGCGACUACGCCGCCCGCAACGAGCUGGACAAGAUCAUCUUCUCCGGCGACGAGAUCCACUUCGGCUCCGACUACACCUUCCCGGCCUCCACCCCCACCGCCUUCGCAUCCAAGCAGUCCGGCCGCCCCUACCCGCUCUCCGCCGCCGUCUUCCUGGCGCAGCACCACGACCUCAAGCACACCGACUUCAUCCAGGCCGCGCGCCUCCGCCGCAUCCCGCCCGUUUCCCUCCCCGACCGCAAGACCUUCCUCGACUUCCUCCGCUUCGGCCACAACUCGCUCCCCUCCGCCGACCCGCUCCUCCCCUCCGCCUUCCAGCCGCAGGAGCCCCACCUCCAUCCGCCCUCGCCGCCGCCCGAGGACCCCGCGGCCGCCGAGGAGGCCACCACGGGGAAGCAAAUCCGCGCGCUCGAGCGGCCCUUCAAGGACCGCAACGCCAUCCUCGACGCCCGCGGCCGCGACUUCCUCGCCGUCUUCCAGGCCGCCGUGCGCCGCCAGGACGAGCAGCGCAAGGGCGGCGGCAAGGACGCGGCGCCCUCUUCCCGCCCCGACUCUGGCUCCGCCGCUGCAGCCCUGGCCAAGCCCAAGGUGCUGGACAGGUCCCUCGGCGACGGCGUCGUGCCCAUCAUCCUCGUGCCCAGCGCCUCGCAGACGCUGAUUACGAUCUACAACGUCAAGGAGUUCCUCGAGGACGGGGUGUUCGUGCCUAGCGAGGAGAGGAUGCGGGCGACCAAGGGAGGGAAGCCAGAGAGCGUCACGGUGCAGAAGAAGCUGAUUCGUACGGAGAGAGCUGGCGGCGCUGGGGGCGCCGUCUCCUUCGAGGUUAGGGACAAGCCGGCUUCGCUCAAGUCAGACGAUUGGGGGCGGGUGGUGGCCGUGUUUGUGCUUGGCAAGGAGUGGCAGUUCAAGGACUGGCCCUUCAAGGACCAUGUAGAGAUCUUCAACAGAGUUAUUGGUUUCUAUGUGCGCUUCGAAGAUGAUAGUGUGGAGGCAGCCAAGGUGGUGAAACAGUGGAAUGUAAAAAUCAUAUCUAUAAGCAAAAAUAAAAGGCAUCAAGACAGAACAGCUGCUCUUGAAGUAUGGGAGCGCUUGGAGGAAUUUAUGCGGGCACGCACAUAAUUGUUGUGCACUCAUUGACCAUAAGUGACUGUUAAACACCCAAAUGUUAUGUUGAGCUGGAGGCAGACUUUGUGCUUGUUGAUUUACUGAUCGGCAGAAUGACUUUAUUUUUCUUAAAGGGGAAGGAUAAAAGACAACCAUUUUCCUAGAUUCAAUCUCAAUAUUGGUCGUUGACCAUAGAUGGCAGAAUGGAAUGGCUGGGAGCACAUGAAGACUGCAAUCUUUGUACGCUAGGAUGUAUUUGUAAUGUUGUACUUGCAAACUGCUAACUUCUUAUUUCUAGGCAAGUAUAUGAGAUAAUUUUGCAAGUUGCGCCUGAAAAUAUAUUUUCUCUAUGCUGGUCGCUGGCUGUCAA